UGUCACUUACCAUACGUGAUGAACUAGUUGGGUUCAAUUCAAUAACUAAAGUUGUUGGCUCUCAAACGAAAGUCUACUCAUGUGGACUUGAAAUUUGCACAACUUUAUGGGGACGUUUACUUGCGGGAUUUGGGUGUUGUAUUUGGCAUCCAAAUACCAAGCAUUAUGUAUUUUAUAAAAAAAACCCAUUGUUUGUUGAGGUAUACAAAUCCGUGGGGUCGAAACUUUUUUUAGACUCCACGUAUUUUCAAAUAUCACAUUUCAUUUGGUAUUUGCAAAUACCACAUUAUGGAAGGCAAAUUCUUGGGACCCAAAUACCAAAUGAACUAAAUCCAUGAUAAAAAUUCAACUGAACAAACAAUGUUAUCUUUCAAAUACAAAAUGCAACAAAUCAAUCACAAAUCUAUAAAGGUUCUCAAAACUCAAAACCUUCAUUUUCAAAUCCAACAAGCAAAUAAAAUUAUAUGCCGAACAAUGAAACUUAUCAAGAUUCGAACAAAAAACUUCUCUACUAAGAAUCACAGGUACCAACCAUACCAUAUUCACAUAAUCAUGUCAGAGAAACAAAAACACAAACGAAGUACUUUAUUUUUUAUUAUUUUAUUAAAUGGAACAGUCAGGCUCAGGAGUCAGGCUCACGAUCAUCGUCUUCUACCUCCCUACCCCAUAUGACACCUAACGACGAUGGUAGUUCGAACCACCCCCGCGCGCCACUUUUCCUCUCGUCUAUCCGUUCACACGCUGGACAUGAAAUUUAAUAACAAAGCAAAAGAACACAGGGUACAAAGAAAUCAAGAUCCUCAGAUUGUGCUUCCAUUGCAAUAGAUUAUAAUACAAAAAGAAUUUUCCCCACAGACAGCUCGACCUGUCAAUCUCCUCUUUCCUCCUCGCUCCAUUAAUAACAAUCCUGCAAGUACUCGGACCAGGACUUGGUUUCUCCUUCGUACUUCCCUUUCAACGGCUCCAAGCCCACCAUUUCCCUCUCUCUCUCUCUCUGCUAGCUCAUUCUCCCCCAAUUGUCGCGUUUUGCUUCCACCUGUGUCGCCCUCUUCUCUGACCAGCCACCGGCCAUUCCCUGUCCUCGAGCCAGUUUUUGUCUCCAUCUGCCUUGUCCGGUCGCAGUCCCUCCACAUCUCAAAGAGCUCAAAAUGAUAAGAAAUUCGAACCCACAUUACUAAUUCCUCCGUACCCAAUAUUCCAUUCCUGCAGUAGUUUUGUGUCUUUCCCUUCCCUAUUUGUUCUCCCCCGAGCAUCUCUACCGUCUAGUCACUAACAACAAUGGCGGGGUUGACUGGGAGUCUUGGCCUGAACAUCUGAAUAUAGUUAGUUCUCCUGUUUGUGGGUUUAAUUUAAAAUCUCCCUGUUCUUUCUUUUGGAUGCUUUCGCUGGCCGGAGUUUGAUUGAUUCCGCAGGUUUGCCCCCUGGCAAAUUUCCAAGUCUCAAUUCCUUUCCCCUCACCCAUUUCGUUUCCUUGUACUUGUUUUCUUGGGCGGGAAGGGAUUGUCUUGUUCCGCCGUGUACUAUUCAAUAUCCCCAGCUGUGGAAUCGUUCUUUUGGGCAUACCAGCCGUCCUAGCAAGUUUUUGCUGAAUCGGGGAAUCAAAAGCUUCGCUUUCCUAUAUUGUUCUCAUUUUUCUCCCUCUUCCUCGAGUUCCCACAUUCCAUCUCUCUCUCUCUCUCUCUCUCUCUCUCUCUCUCUCUCUCUCUCUCUAGCUAUCUUUCUCUCCGGGAGAGGUGUCUGCCUGUUUGGUCAUGGUGAUCGGAGGUAGCUUCAAAUUCCUCAUCUGGGUUGCUUCAGUUUCUUGCCUGGGUUCCAUUUCGCUAGGUGGGUAUGUUCCGCCCACCAACUAUUUGAUAAAUUGCGGAUCCCCUACCAGCGCCUCCAUUGGGGGUCGAACAUUUGCAGCCGAUGAUUAUCCGUCCAGUAUUUUGUCUACCCAGCAGAAUAUCUCUGUUGCUGGUCCGAAUUCCGGCUCCAUUUCUGCACCUUACGGCUCUGCUUUGUACCGAACUGCGAGGGUUUUCACUGAACCUUCACGGUACACUUUCUCAAUCAAGCAGUCCGGCAGGGUUUGGAUUCGUCUCCAUUUCUUCCCCUUCGCCAGCGGCAGUUACAAUCUCAGCACGGCUCACUUCUCUGUGGCUGCUCAGAACUUCACCCUUUUGAAGGAGUAUAGAUCGAAGGCCGAUCCAGAGGCGAGGGAGUUCUCCAUCAAUGUAAACUCUGGUAAUCUGGUUGUGAAUUUCGCUCCUUUGUCUGGUUCUUUCGCUUUUGUGAAUGCCUUGGAAGUGUUCUCUAUCCCCGGCGGGCUGAUUCCCGAGAGUGCCCAGAUGAUUGCCUCGGGGAGUUCUCAGUCAUUGGGGAAUCGGGCACUGGAGACGGUUCAGAGGGUGAACAUGGGGAAGACGGCUGUGCUUCCUGAGAAUGAUACCCUGUGGAGGCUUUGGGCUUCUGAUGACAAAUUUAUCAGACAUGAUUAUCUUGCAGUCAACGUGACGGAUUUCGCAGCUGUCAGUUACAAGAAUAGAGGGCCAAGCAACUUCACUGCUCCUGUUUCAGUCUAUGGCACAGCUACUAGAUUGAACUCGGACGCUGAUCCCAACACUUUGGCAAAUGUUACAUGGCACCUUGGUGUUGACCCUGGUUUUGAUUAUCUGAUCCGGUUUCAUUUCUGUGAUAUAUUGCAGCCGAAUCCUCACCCGAGCUUCUAUUUCAAUGUUUAUGUUGAAUCAUGGCUGGUUUACAAGUAUCUUGAUCUGAAGAAUCUCACUGGCUACGCCUCUGGUGCUCCUUAUUCUAUGGAUUACAUUGCAGGGUCGGUUGCUAGUGACACUCUUACCAUAAGCAUGGGCCCUCCUAGUAGUGAUAACAAUCCAAUUGCCAUCCUCAAUGGCUUGGAGGUUGUUAAGAUCAGCAACUCGAAGAACAGUCUCGAUGUGCUCGACGUAUCUUCUCCCAAGAGUUCCAAGUCAAAUGCUCGUCUGAAAAUCUUGUUGAGUGCGGUUGGAUUGUUCGUCAUUGUAGUAAUAUCUGGUUUGGCUGUGUUUUUCAUUUGUUGGAAGAGGAGGAGAUUUGCUAAAGCUAAGAAAGGUCCGUUUGCUACGUAUGGAGGUGGUACGAUAUACUCAACGGAUUACUCCAACGAGGCAGGAUUUUCGACUUCGAAAUUCGACUACCGAUUCCCUUUCUAUGCCCUCCAAGAAGCUACUGAUAAUUUCAGUGAGAAUUUGGUGCUUGGAGCUGGAGGUUUUGGUAAGGUUUACAAGGGGGUUCUGAAGGAUGACAUGAUGGUGGCAGUGAAAAGAGCUACUUCUCAAUCACAAGGGAUUGCAGAAUUCAGGACCGAGAUCGAACUGCUGUCCCAGUUUCGCCACAGGCACUUGGUCUCUUUAAUUGGAUACUGUGAUGAAAGGGAUGAGAUGAUUAUAGUGUAUGAGUAUAUGCAAAAUGGCAACUUAAAAGAUCAUCUCUAUGAUUCAGAUAAUCCCAGCUUGAGUUGGAGGCAAAGACUCGAGGUAUGUAUUGGAGCAGCAAAGGGGCUUCACUAUCUUCAUACAGGAACUGCUAAGUCCAUCAUCCAUAGAGAUGUCAAGUCAGCAAAUAUACUGUUGGAUGAGAACUUCAUGGCCAAAGUUGCAGACUUUGGGCUCUCCAAAACUGGACCGGAGAUCGACCAGACACAUGUAAGCACAGCAGUGAAAGGAAGCUUUGGUUAUCUCGAUCCUGAGUACUUUCUGAGGCUCCAGCUGACAGAGAAAUCAGAUGUCUACUCCUUUGGAGUGGUGUUGUUCGAGGUUCUAUGUGGCAGACCAGUCAUCGACCCGUCACUGCCAAGGGAAAAUGUGAACUUGGUUGAUUAUGCAGUGAAGAAUCUGAAGAAAGGGAAGCUGGAGGAAAUCGUUGAUCCCAAGAUACGAGACGAGAUCAAGCCAGAAUCGGUGAAGAAGUUUGUAGAGAUAGCAGAGAAAUGCCUGGCUGACUGUGGAUUGUAUAGACCUUCCAUGGGAGAUGUGUUGUGGAACCUGGAAUGUGCACUCCAGUUGCAGGUGAAUGAAGAGUUUGUUCUCCAGUUGGACGAGGAGAUGCCCAGAAGCCGCCAUGGUAAUGCACAAAUCAGUCCUGCCAAGAGCUUUGGUACCACCGUGAUGGGAAGUACACAACUUGGUGACCUUGCUGAUGUUUCGAUGAGCCAAGUGUUUGCCAAGUUGGUGAGUGACAGCGAGGAACUUCAUUUGCAAAAGUAAAAGACAAACUGGUGUUUGUUUAUUCUUUGCUUACAGAUGAUGAUGUUGAUGUUUCAUAGAGAAAACGAGGUUUGGUUCCAUGCAAACCAAUAUAUACUGCUGUACAGAAAGUCAAGGACUCUGGCUCAUUGUGGAGUUCUGCUUUCAUUCUUUUUGUAAUUUAUUGAUUCAAUUGGUUGGACCUUUUUCUCCCUUUCCUACACAAAUUGGGACUUUCCCGUUAGAAUUUCCCAAAAUACUAAAUUCUACGUCAUUCACGUCAUACUCCAACGAUUUUGAUAGUUGUUCAUUGGACACAACAACAAUUUAAUUCAGAUCGUGACAAAUCAAAGGAAAUCAGUCUCGAGCUAUGAAUCGUUGGAGAUUGGAGCGAACAUGCUAGAUUGCCGCAAAGUCCACUGAUCUAAUCUAACCUCAAGAUUGUUGGGUUCUCUAGUAUUUACACCUAACAUACUCGAAACUUUAAACGGUGGUGAUUUUGCGCUUAAUUUUCUGAUCAUAGUGAUUUUUUUAUUUAGCAUAACUUUUUGAGAUCUUUGAAACUAAAAAAUCGCCGAAAUCCGCCUUCAUACACCUAACAUUUUCAAAACUUCAAAUGUACGUAACGUUGCUGCCCUAAACGACCAUUUUAGUGAAUGAUUGCCAAAUUACGCCUAUUAUAAGUUUCAACCUAUAUUAGAUGUAGAUCAAUGGACAUUCCAUAGGUAUUGAGAAAUGAAUGUUGUACUUAGGGAUGACAAUGGGUCGGGUUGGGUCGGGUUUUGCCAAACCCAAACCCAAACCCAUGAGUUUAUCUGUGAAAAAAACCCGGGGUAAAACUCACUGGGUUUGAAAAACUCAAACCAAUCCAACCCGCUGGGUACCCACGGGUUUUUGUCGUAAAAAAUUCACAAUACAAGUUCCUAUCAAAAUUAAAGUCAAAUAUCAAUUUCUUAAUACAAAUUAUCCACAUAUAAAACACCAUUCUAGAAAAUUCAAGCAAAUUACAAAUUAACUAUACAAAUUGUUCAACACCAAUCUAGAAAACUCAAGAAAAUUGAAGCAAAUUACAAAGUAUCCAUAUAUAACAUGAUUAAUUGAAAACUUCUUCUUUUCAAUUAAGUUUUUCACUCUCCACUCGAUAACAUCAAAUUCAUUCUACACAACUAGAGUGAAAAAUUAGACAUGUCUCAACAAACAUAAAUAAGAUUAGUUGUUUAGAAUAUUAAAUAUGCUGAGAAAAUUAAUUAUAUGGGUGUGAGCGGGUACCCAUGGGCCGAGUUUACCUAACCCAAACCCAACCCAACCCGGUGAAUAGCGAACGGGUUUAAACCCAAACCCGACUCAAAACCCGUCAACACAGAUCUUACCCGCGUUGACCGGGUUAAGUCGGGUGGGUACCCGUGGGUUCGGGUUUUGUUGCCAUCCCUAGUUGUACUAGGUGUUAGAGAGUGGUAUAUGAUCCAGUAUAACCUUCUCCCAACAACUCGAGUUAUUGGGAGCAACUGGUUCUUGACAUGGUAUUAGAGUCUAGAACCGAAAGGUCAUGUGUUCAAAUCUCCACGACCCCCAAUAUUAAUGGUUGUCUUUCAAGCACAUGACAUGGUGGGCCUGUGCGAACUUCAUGGACUAGAGUCUAGAACCGAAAGGUCAUGUGUUCGAAUCUCCACGACCCCCAAUAUUAAUGGUUGUCUUUCAAGCACAUGACAUGGUGGGCCUGUGCAAACUUCAAGCCCAUGAAUUGACUUUCAUUUGAAUCGUUUUUGUUGCCGCGAAUCACACUUGUUUGCUCCAUAUUUCAGGAACCAGUAUAUAAAUUGUUGGACACUAGAGCAAAUGACGCCAAAUUUGUGUAUUUUGGUAAUUUUAGUGUAGGUGUUUCAGGUAACCGGUAUAUAAAUCGUUAGUAGGUCACUACUCUCACUAGUAGAGGUGGAAAUUGGGGUGAGUUUGCUUACUCGCCCACAUUUUGCGGGUAACCACAUUCACAAAUAUAAAAUUAUGCUACUCAA